AUGCAAGAUAUGGAAAGUGGUGACCUUGGUUAUCACUGGACUUGCGCUCUCUGUCAGCACCCCGCCGGCAAAUCCAACGAGGAAGAUUCAAAUUCGCCGAGUGACAUUGUAAGCGCCAUUAACGCCAUCUCGGAGAAAUUUGAGUUGGUGAACAAAAUCCAACUUCCGAGGCUCAGUGGCGAUCUUAUGCAUAUUAAGAAUGUCACUGAUCGCAUCGCAGAACAGAGUGAUAACAUCUUACGAUCCAUUGAACAACUUAAAGCAAAUCGGGAAAAAACACUCGAAAAUAAUAGACGAAGAAGCAGCUAUCGAAAGCGACAUUUGACUCUGAUGCCUAAAACGAAGACUCACUCCCAGAACCAGCAAGCACCUGUCCAGCCGAGUACAGAUAAGCUGGUGAGGUACAGGACAAGGAGGAGGUCGAGUGGACUACACAAAAUGUUCCUCUUGCUGAACAGGAAGUUGCGUCAGACGUCAGUUUUGUCAAAGUAA